UUAAACUACCAUUAUUUAUUUAGAAUUAUUAGUUUAGUUAACACGAAAAAUGAAUCAAUAAUUAUUACAUUUAGCUAAUGCACUUUUGUGUAGCAUGUCAGAUAAAUUAUUCAAAGAAAAAGUUUGUUUCAAUCAAUAUUGUUAAAAAUUUCAGAGCAUAAAAUGAUAUAUGGUAUCAUUAGAACGGUAGUAGUAACAGAAAAAACAAGUGUAUCAUCUCACAUCAAAAAAUUCCAUACUAUAGAUGUGUAAAUUAAUAUAUAUUUAGGAUAAACAUUUACAUAAUUGUAGGGUCAAUUUUCCCAAGAUCAAACCACAAAAUGACCAGUAUUCAUGCAGGAAACAUCAGUGAAAUUCACGAAAUGCCUUUAAAAGAAAUAAUAAGACCCAUACCACCUAUUCUGGAUGAGAAAAAGGUCGCAUCACUCAUGAAAACCUUAUUGAAGCCUGAAACAGCUCAUGAAGUACCUCCAGUUGAUGUAUUAUGGAUCACAGGAAGAGAAGGAGGUAAUUACUACUAUUCUUUUGGAGGAUGUCACAGAUACGAAGCUCACAAAAGACUACAAAACGAAUUGAUACCUGUAAAACUUGUUAAAUCCAACAUAGAUGAUUUGAGAGUGUAUCUAGGAUCAAGUACGCCAGAUCUAAAGUGAAUUGUAAUUAAUAUUUGUUAUUUAUUUAAUAAAACAUAUAAAGAACGUAUAUUUCACUCAA